UCCUCCUCAUCCGUCCGGGGGGGCUUGAGGGGGGUGGUGAGGCUAUAAAGCAGCACAUCCCAGUGCCUUGCCCUCACCCACCCAGCCCGGAUCGCUGAGCUCCAGCUCUUGCUACCAUCGGUGCCCCCAGACCCCUGGUGUCUCCAUGUCGUGCCCCCUGGAGCAGGCGCUGGCUGUGAUGGUCUCCACCUUCCACAAAUACUCGGGGAAGGAGGGGGACAAGUUCAAACUGAGCAAAGCGGAGCUGAAGGAGUUGCUCACCAGGGAGUUGCCCAGCUUCAUCAGCAAACGCACGGAUGAAGCCGGAUUCCAGAAGCUGAUGAACAACCUGGACAGCAACAGGGACAGCGAGGUGGACUUCCAUGAGUACGCCACGUUCCUGGCCUGCGUGGCUGUGAUGUGCAACGACUUCUUCCAGGAGUACCCCGAUAAAAUGCCGCGCAAGAAGUGAGCAGGGGGGGUCAGCCGGGCUGCGUCACCCCUUGCUGCAAUCUGAAUGCUCUUCCAAUAAAGAUUGCUCCAAAGCCA